AUGAAUAAAAAAAUAUAUAGUUUAGCUGCCGUUUAUUCUUAUAUCCUUUUGAUUGUAACAAUACAAUGUUUUACAAAUAAUGAGGAUUUAGAUAAAUAUGUCAAGAAAAAUAAGAACUUACAUGAUGAAUAUGAAAUAAACAGUAUAGAUAUUAAUAAUGGAAAAUUUAGAUAUAGGAGUCUUUCAGAAAAUUGUAUAGAAAAAGAUUACACUUCAGGUUGUACUACGACUCAAAAACCUUCACAUAAUAAAAAGUUUAAAGGAUUAAAAAUUUCUAAUAUAUUUAAAAGAAAUAAAAAUAAAAUAACUAAAGCACCUUCAUAUAGUAAAAUACCCCCACCUUAUCCAUAUAAUCAAAUAACCGAAACAUCUCCAGAUAAUAAUAAAUUUCUUCCUAGGGUAACAAUAGUAAUAGACAAUGUUCCGUGUGAUUUUAUUCCACGAACUUCAAAAGAUUUAAGGUUUCUAUUACGUAUGAAAAAAAAAAUAGACAAACAAUCCUCAAAAGAUAAAAAAUUUCAUCCUCUUGGAAAAUUGAAGCUGAAAAAUGAUACAGUUAAAAUUAAUAAAAAACACCGAAAUCAUUUAUUGAGUUUAUUAGAUUCUAAAAAAACAGGAAAACAACAUUCAAAUAAUAAACUAAAUGAACAAUUUUCAUAUAAUAAUUAUAUUAAAGGGAUAUCAAAUUAA